AUGUCACACGUAGUAGGAACUAUCAAAUGUGUGGGAAGCUCUUCGGACUCCUUGGACUCGCGUAUAAAUCGUAGUUCUACUGAACCUAAAUAUUUGGAUGGUGCUACGAAAUUGACGUACGUAUCAGGUUUCGAUGGCGAUUACAUUAAACUUGAGGAUUUGCUUCAAAAGGACCAUCUCAAAGACGCGUUCCUAUGCGCGUUAGCUGUUGAUUUGGAGUGGCUAUUAACCAAAUUACCUGAAAAAAUUCUUAUCGUAAUUGCAAAGCAUUGGGACUCUGAGCAAGAAGCUGAGGGAGUGUACAUUUUGCCGGGUACCAAUGUAUUACUUGUUCAUCCACCACUUGCGAACGCACCAAUUGGGUGCUUUCACGCAAAAUUAAUGUUAUUAUUCUUCGAUGGAUGGAUGAGAGUAGUUGUCGCUUCAGGAAAUUUAAUACGUUAUGAUUGGGAGACCAAUGAAAAUGUUAUAUUCGUUCAAGACUUCCCUAAAGUUCAGGCUACGGAUUCAAAUAAUGACAAUCUUCAUCCAUUCGCUCAAGAUAUCAAAAAUUUUAUCUUAGCAAUGGGUCUUAAAAAUCAUAUUGUUAAUAAACUUCCGCAAUAUGAUUUCUCAAGAGCAAAGGCGAAACUUGUUGCUUCUAUACCGGGUGUAUACAAAGGGAUUGAAAACAUCAAAAAAUAUGGUCAUGGGCGUUUGUGCAAAGUUGUCCAGGAAAUCUGUGGCCCAAAUGAAAAUAUUAUAUUAGAAUGCCAAACUUCGACUCUUGGUGGUCUUAACGCUGAUUUUCUACGUGAGUUUCAUCGAUCUGCAAGUGGGAUUGAUCCAGAAAUUUCAAAGCCGCGUACUAAAAAGAGUCAAGGAGUUGAGAGGCUAUUACCUCAAAUGACAAUGGUUUAUCCGUCUAAUCGUACUGUUUCGUCAUCUAAAUAUCCGAAAGCGGCCGGUGCUGCACUCUUUUUUGGAAAGAGUAAUUAUACCAAGGAUACUUUUCCUAAAGAAAUUCUUAGAAAUUGUGUAUCCAAACGAGAUGGAAUUUUGACGCAUUCAAAAUUCGUCCUGGCACGUUAUACUCAACAAGAACAGCCAAAAGAUUCACAAAAGCGUCAAAAGACAAAUAAACUCAACAGCGAUGUUAUUCGUGGUUCAAGUGAAUUUACACGAAAAUCUUAUGUAUCAGAGGAAACAAAUAUAGAUUCACAAAUUACGAUCAAUGACCAAGGCAUAAAUCCUAUUAGAGGAUGGUAUUAUUGUGGAAGCCACAAUUUUACAAGUUCCGCUUGGGGGAAGAUAUCUACCUCUCGUGAGACUAAAGGGCCUCAGUUAAGAAUUAAUAAUUGGGAAUUAGGUAUCUUUUUUCCAAUUAGAGGGAGUGAAAACGAUCAGGGAGAUUGGUUUACGGAAAAUGGUGUCCCAGUGCCGUAUCAAAGACCACCAAGGCGUUAUGAUCCAAAUGACACUCCUUGGUUUUCUUUUAAUUAA